AGAUACCUCCAAGAGCAGGGGGCUCCAUGCUGCGAUAGUUGUAGAUGAAAGCCAGCACGAAUUUUUCUUCAUCUUCAUCUUCGGACUUUUGAAGGUAAUUCCCGUGCUGGGUGCCCGUAAAUUGGAGGCGUCGGUCGACUCAAUGCGGUUGGAAAAAAUCUGUACUUCUUACACUGAGGACUUUAUGAUUUUUUGAUAAUCAUAAUCAACCAAACGAUACGUACAAAAUGAGUAUGAACACUUCGUCUGCUUUUGCUUCUGGUGGUUCAUCCACUUUCGCCUCCACGACAGCCGCCUCUGCCCUUGACAAACUCACCGCGACGAAGCAGAAGUUGUUGCUGACCUCACUGAUGAUUUUCUGCACCCACAUCGUCCACCAAUAUGGCAUGGUCAAGAACAGCGGGUCCUUUCUCUUACCUUCUAGAGGGAGUAGGAGCAGAGCCGGGGCAGGUCUCGCAGGUGGAGGCCUGCCGGGCACCAGCUUACCGACGUCCGAUAGUACCACGGCAGCAGGGGGUAAGAAUCUUCAGGUAGAAGCCGCUGCAGCCGCCAUUGCAUCCGCCACAGCCAAUGGCGUAGCUUCCGCUGUGACCACGACAGCACAGGCGAAAACGAUCGUGGGGGAGAUCCAGAAUAACGUUGCGCCAGGGGGUGCGAGUGCAGCGACUUCUACACUGGGCGGCACUACGGCAGCCCCUGGGUCGAGCUCUGUUGCGGCGACAGCAUCGACGACCCCGGUGCCUAGCGAACAGGAACCACCAGGAGCUGCACCAGAGAUGAACAAACCGAAACCGCCAACCACAGCUACAAACGGCGUAUGAAAUGCAAAUGCAUCGUACUAGUAAGUAUGAAGUGCAUUGCAAAUUUUCUCAGCAUGAGAAAUGGAAUUUGUAAUGCCUAUCUGCCUUAAGAAAAAGAUUUGCAAUGCAUGACUGCAAUUGCUACGAGUGCGAUGCUUUUGCAGUUCAUACGGCGACUUUUUGAACACUUUCUGGACGGGGAACAACGACAAAUGCUACCGGGAUUUGUAUCGCAAGAAAAAACUGUUUCACUGUGAAUUUGUGAUGCAGAAAAAGCAACAAAGAACUAUUUGUCUUGCUACACCUGCAAGACGUUGGGUGUCUGAGCGUAUUUUCCCUUGGGAAACGCGCAUGGCGAAUUUUCUCUGUCAUGUAGAACAAACUUGUGAUGCAAAACAUGCAAAACCAAAAUCAGCACUGUGAAACACUUUUUUCGUACGAUAAUUUGCUGGAAUUCUGCACUGAGUGCGAACGAACCACACCGAACUCGCCGCAGCGAAAGUUGUGUUGCCAAAUUAGCUAUGCAUUGCAAAAGUAUCGCAUUCGUAUUUAUAAAUGCAUUACAAAUUUUAAUUUCCUCAGCGUGAGAAAUGAAAUUUGUGAUGCGGAUUCAGCUUAAGAUUUUUAAGAACAAGAUAAAGAUUUGUAAUGCAUGUUGGCUGCAAUUACUAUGAGUACGAUUCUUUUGCAGAGGAUAUUAGCAAUCCAGACUCGUCCGACCAGGAGGACCGGUGCAACAUACGGACGGCGCCGAAGUCCAAAUGUAACGAUCUGGCCUACAAUCACCACUUGCACGGGGGCGUCCAAGCUAUUGCCCGGCCGAGCAUUCCGCAACGGGUUUCCGCAAACUUUCGAGGAAACAACCCGGCUGUGAACACCGCGCGGUCUAAUCCGCAACUCAGCAGCCUCCGGCCGAACCGGUUGGUGCCCCCGACGCAGAGCUUCAGUCCCGCUUUUGCUUCCACGGGCGAUAAGCAGCUGCACGAUAGCAGUGGGAAGCGGGUGGGCGGUGCAGCGAAACCUUCUUCUAGAUCCACGACCAACGUGAUUCCCUCCAGCUCCACGGCACAUUACGCGUACCCGCGACAGAAACAGCCGAGAGGAAAAAGAUUGCUGGCGACCGAGGAGGAGGCUGGGUUUCAAUUUCAAUUGAAUGAAGAUGAGCAAGAGCAGCAAGGGCAGCCGGACGAUAUAAUUCGUGCCUCAUCGUCAAGAUCUUUUACAUCGUCCCAGAAGAGUAAAAAUAGACCGCCUGCUCGUCUUCAUGGUCAUCUCGAUGGAAACGAAAUCUUUGACAUCAACACUCCGGGAGCGAUGGAAUUCCUCUACAGUGAAGCCUUCGACUACAACCCCCUGCGAUUUCUUGCAGAAGAUUUGGAUUUCUCUUUUUCAGCAGACCGGCAUGACAAGCGCAGUCUGUACAACAUUGGUGAUAGCAAGACAAAUUCGACUUCGUCCACCUCUAGCAGAUUGUUGCAAAUUAACGGUGCGCAAAGUUUCGUCUACGGACGGGAGAAGUUUUACUGCUUGAUUUUCCUCGGUGGCCGACAGUUUCUGAAUUACAACUACGAGGAACCGAUAUGAAUCGCAGAACAAGUAUCGUACUUGUAUAUAUAAAUCGCAUGACAAAUUUCCUCAGCGUGGGAAAUGAAAUUUGUAAUGCGGAUUUAACUUGUACUUGAGAAAAACACUUGUAAAUGAGUGCGGUUAAUAAACGAGUGCUAUUAAUAAACGAGUGCAGAUGUAUAUGCAUGAAUGCGAUUAAUAAACGAAUGCGAUGCUUUUGCAGUUCAUAGCCGAAGCCGGACAGCAAUCUACCGAAGUUGAAGAUCUUCGAGAAUUUCUACUCGAAAGGCCAACUCAACGCCGCGAAAGUAUCAAUGGCGCAGUGUUAUGUUGUGUGAAAUUAUAUAUUAGAUUAGUGCCGCACUCGUACACGUCGUACUCAUUGUAUAUGCACUUUUCGUAGUACCUUAUUCCGCAUGACAGAUUCUCAUUCUAGGACGAGAUUUUUUUCUGUCAUGCUAGUAGUGCAUGGCCGCGGUGCGGCGCUUUUAGUACUGCAUAAGUGCAAGGAAUUCUACUCGCUGAAAGGGGAGAACCACCUGGAACCGGAUGUUCACGUGUGUCUAGACACGUUCAAAUAUGCAUGGCAAAAUAUAUGACUCUCGGGGUCUGGAAAAAAUUUGUCUUGCUGAUACAACUUGUACUUGCUGCAUUUUUGCAGAAUGUCUUGUACGGUGUAGCAGCUUGCGAGGCGUAUUAAUUCUGCCGCACGUAAAUAAACACAUGACAAAAAAGAUGACCCAUUGUUGUUCUCAGGCAUCAACACAUAUCUGUUGUUAUGAUACAUUUGGCGUAUGGCGUAUUAGCACAAAUUCCGCCCGAGUCCCAGAUCGAUAUUUGCGAUGCAUAUCAAAAAGCCGCUGGGAAACUUCAACACGAAGCUGGAUCAAGUAACGUGCAAUGUGAUUUCUAUCGUAUGACUGCGUCAACUUACCCAAACUCAACUUACCCAAAAAUUUAACUAGCCAUUUUAAUUAACUACUUAGAGUCCGGACUUACUAUCCGGCGCCGUUAAAUCUACGUUUAUUAGUUAAGGUAAAUAGCUAUUUUGAAAGGGAUGUUUUCAGGCGUGUGUAGAAGGCGCAACCUCCGCUACCAACGAUCACGGAUUCCCCUCGGAACGGCACCUUAACCCUGAACCCAAGCAGGAGCGGAAGAUGGAGCGGAAAUCGAUGUAAACCGGCUGCUAUCCAAAUGAAAAUGCAAAGACCUCUCCAAUGUGCGACAGCAUCAAGCGCUUCUCUUGUAGAUCAUACAAAAUGCAACACAAUCGCCAAGCUGAAACGGACAGAAAGAAAGCACUCAAAUCAUAUAGCAGCACUGAGAAGAUCCACUGGUAAACAUCACAAAUCAAGCACGAAAGAGGUCUGAAUUCCAAUGGUAUAAAUUCGCCAAAAUGUCCAGCAUCGAAAUUGUAGGUCUCCAAAAUUGCGCUGCUCCUCUCCACACAUGCACUGUUCCAAGAAUGACAAUUUCAAACCGCAAUGCUCUGAAUAUCUUCUAGCUCCUUCAGAUCCUGGCUUCGUCGUCUCGUCGUCUUUAAUUAUUUUCUGCUCAGGAUUGGGCGUAUCCACAAUUCCAAUUUUUCACCUUCACAGCAGCGACUGCUACUUACUUCGCAAUGUCGAAGUGUCUCAACAAGAGCUGCAAGAUGUUGCAGAAACAAAAGAUGCGCUGGACCCCGCAGGAGGUCCUGUUGUGGCUCAUCAUGAGCUUGCUCGCCCUGAUGUGCUAUUCAUUGCGGCGGUGGUGGAGGCGGGAAAGGAAACAACAGCAUGGGCAUCGUGAGCGAACUCGUGGCCUGGCUAUCCCGCCUCGACACCGAUGAGCUCAGCAUGGUAAUUCAGCGUGCCCGGCAAGAGCAGGAAAAAAAGAUGGCCCGCGAGCAAGGAGUACUAUUGAUAUUUGAUUUCUUACCAUGACAAACUGCCCUCUAUUUCUUGAAUUUGUAGUGAUGCUUUACAUUUUUGUUUUCAUGCCUGUAGUCUCUGAUGCAAUUGUAGUGCCUGCCAAUAAAUACUCGCUUAACUGACUCAAAUGUCAGUGCCUCCACCUGUCCCAAGUGCGCAGCGAGCCCCUAGCCCGCGGAGCCGGAACCUGGAAUCAACUAGAACUUCGCGAGAUCCGCGAGAUCGUCAGUUGCUGGCGUGGAGUGCGACAAAGUGAUCUAGAUCGCCGCUUGGCCCAUGGUGCGCAGUUCAUCUGGCUCAUUAGCAACAUCAACAUCCGGGCCGGAGGACAGGUAUAUACUUCUAUGAACAUGCGCGCGUUGAUGUGUUGCUUCAUCUACAGAUCGUGCUUGAGCGUUUUGAUCAUGUCAUACAGGUCGUGACGCAUAGAUCUGGAGUCGGUUGUUCUACGAAAUGAAAAUCAGUAAAAUCCCGCGUAUAACUACACAGAUCCCGCAGGACUUGCGCCACCGCAGUGCUCGCGUUUGUGCGUGCUACCUGAGAAACGAGUACUGUCAAACCUCCGCCCGCGCCUUGUGCGACCGCAUGCCCAGCCAGCGAGAUGGAACUGGGUGCGAUGCUGAGCCGCCGUGAGAUCAACCCGGAUGGGAGCGUGUUCUCCAAGGCCGCAGCUUUACUGCAAGGCUCCACCAACGCCACCUCCAUGAACCUGGUCCACGGUGCCGCUUUCCCAAUGGCCAGCGCAGCUCCAAUUCAGGUGCACAACACGCUCAACAUCGGCGCGCUUUUAGAUCAUGUAGUUAUUAUUUUUGAUGGUUGCGUGCGUCGUGUGGUGGAUUGAGAGUGAAGACGAUCGCUUCCGCAUGUAAUCCAACAAGCCAUAAUAUCAGGGCUCCAGCACCAGCAUGAUGAUCACGGGCGGUUCGAACGCGCCUCCACUGAUGGACCGCCCGCUGCAGACGUUCCCCGCGCGACGGUCGCUGACCAUCGGCGAGAAGAUGUCCGCAAACCGUGCCCCCCGUGGUAGCAACGACCCGAUGCCGUUUCCCGAAGUGGAGCACUACGGCAUGAUGCACACGACCACCACCGAGGCGACGACCAGUCCGCGCGGUUUGGUUGCGGACACGUCCAGGGAGCUGCUUCCCCCCGAUGCGAAAACGACUGGCGCUUUGAUUCCCACCGGUGGUGGGAAGGAGACACUGCUCCCACCGGAUUCUCCGGUGGCGAAGCCGCAGCCGAAGUCUGUCUCGAUCCUGGCUGCGCCGUCUGCUAGCAGCGUGAUGGAGUCGUCGUCUUCGAACGAGGCCCCGCAGCCGGAGUUCACGCUGGAUGGUAUCGAUUCUUCCAGCGCCUCAUCGGCCGUCGGCAACAACUUGUUGGACACCAACAGCACCCUGGGUGCGGAGUUUGACGCUUUCAACGACGCUGGCGCGACGGCGAAGGUAUGAAUCUGUAAAAACUCCUUUUGCAACCUCACAUCUAUGUAUGCAUAUUGACACUUCACACAAGUUGGCAGCUUUGCAUUGUGUUUUCAUUCUGUCACGCAUUGAAAAUGAUGUUGUGAGGAGGCAAAGGGAGUUUUGUGUUUCAUACCUUGCUAAGAUGAAGUCCAAGGCCAAAGCUGCGUCCAAGGCCGAGCCGAAGGUGGAACCGAAGCCCGCCGCAAAACCGGCCGGAAAAGCCGCUACCAAAGCCGCUGCUAAGAAUGCUGCGAAGGCGAAGUGUGCUGAGCCGCCGGCGAAGCGUGCGAAGAAGUGAAUUAUCUGCAGUAGUCGGCUUUCUUUCAAUUCUUUGUUCUACAUAUUUGAGUGUAAAACAUCGAAGUAGAAAGCUAGCACUUCUCACUAUGGCUUGUUCUUUCUAGUGGAAGUGCCAUGUAAUGUCUAGCAAUUUUUUUGAAAGUGAUUUCUUAUUUGGUUUUUUCAUUAUAUAUUUGCUCUCGUCUCUCUCCAUGGUAAAGACAAAUCCGCAAGGACACAAAUCUUCAGCCAGAGCUUUACACUUUCGCAACGCCCUAUCCUUCGCCGGAGCAAAGUUAUUUCUGCGUGCAGUUAUGGACGGAGCUCUUGGCAAGGAAACUACUUUUUAAAAGCAGCACGCACUAGAAAUAUUUGACGACUCCAUGGGGCUGCGCGUUCUUCUGGCGUGGUAAGUCCACGCAUCUAUAAACGAGAGGAUGACGAAGCGCUGCUUGUACUACAGGCGGCGCGGCAUUAUGAUGAAAACAUCAAAGACCGGCUGUAAAAGCCAUUUGAAUUUUUGAAAGUAGCUGUGGUCUUAGUCAGCUACUGUCUGUAAAACGAUGAAAAAAUGAACUUGCGCGACCUGCUUGAAAGGCUACUGCGAUUGGCGUUUUGUGUUGUUCUGCUGCUGAUUGUGUCGCUGUUGCGGGCUAAUGAUGAGGGACAGAUGAGAGAUGCGCUGAAGUUUGUGUCUUCGUAGCAUAGCACACCCUGGUUGAAGAUUAUGUACUUCGCGCGAGCAAGAUGCUUCCCUUCCCGCAAGUCGAUCCGUUCUUGGCGGCUGAAAAUGCCGUUGUUGCGCAUGAAGCGGUGGCGCAAGCUGCUGCGCCGUCUCGGUAUACAGCUUCCAAGGCGACGCACUGGACGCAGGUCCACCUCGACCGCGUCUCCGGAAAAGCAGAAUUCGCAGUGCGUUCCGUUUUCCGCGAUCCGAAGCACUGUGGCCGCGAUAUAUCAUCGAUGGCAAUGGUGCUCAGAAGAAGCCACAACAUCUACGAUUGUCCCGAUAAUAUAAUGCUUCGGGGUGACGCGAGGAACUUGGUACUGUAACUCAUUGACGCGGAGCUUUUUUAUUUGUAGCAGUAUCAUGAGUCACAGCAUUACAUCGAAGAUUCUGCAUAUUGUGACGCAUCUUAUGUAUUAUGCCGAAAACGUUAAAUAUCAGUGUUGGCGCCUGCUGUACCGCAAGAAGGAGCUGUAUGGCGAUCAAGCCCGGUGGAGAGACAUCAUCGGUGGUUGCCCAUUUUCGAAAAGCAUCGAGAACAUCGACGCUCGCAAUUUUGAAGAGUGUGUUGCUGGAGUCGAGGCGUACGGUAGGCAGCAACUUGGAGGGAAUAGUCGAACCAGCACCAAGCUGCCUGAACGAAGCCGCGAGAUGGUGCUACGUUCUUUUUUUGCAUGCAAAAAUGACAUGACUUGGGUGGUGCAUCGCAUGAGAUGUUUUAUGGAUGCAGUGACUGAGUAGUAGUCUUCAUAUGCGUGUUGUUAUGCGUCAGUCGAUCGAAAUAAAUAUCAGGACUAUUACAUGCGGCGAUACUCGGGUGCGAAAAUUACUGCGCGGCGCAGAGCUCUCCCGCGGACAAACUGCAGACUUAUUAUGGAGCAAUACUUCGAGCCACUGAAUAUAAACCCAAGUAACCAGUGGACUUUAUGCCACGACUACUCUUCGCAGCGAGCGGCGGCUGCAUGCCUAUGGAUGCGUGGUAUAUUUUAUAUAAAAGCGCGACCUACUCCUUUCAUGCUUGCGACAAGAAGAAGUUUGCUCAUUUCAAAAACUACAUCAUCACGCGUGACAUCCUUGAGCAAAGACAUCAGGUGGGAUUCUCGCAGCCAGAAUGCAAACGCUGGCUCGGAAAAAUGGAAGAAGACUACUGCGCAAUACCAAUGGCAAUGAAGACGGCGGAGUUUCCAAAUAUCAGCGACCAGAAGAAGCACAAAGAUGAUCACACUGCCUUGCCACUGGCUGCAGUGGCAUGGCGUUUCUCUGCACGGUAGAAGAACUCUUUGGCGCCGAGGCUCUUGCUGCUGUGCUACUUGAUCCGGGUAUAACGUGCGAAGCAAUCGACGUGGCGAGUUGGUACGACAGCAAAAGCCCGGCUGUGUGGUCGCUGAUUUUGAACGUUCUCUCGGACCAGGGCCCGUCCGAAUUGAGAAUGUGGCAAGUUCUCCUCCAAUAUAUAGAUGGAGCCACAAGAUUACCCAUCCAACAUCGUCUCAGUAAUAAUACUGCCAAUUUGUGCGAAGAAAUCUCAGGCGGACAGCCCCGGGCGCCUUCGGGUUCUAAUUACCAACUAAAAUUCGGCUAAUUUGAGAGCGCGCGCAGCCCCCUUGCGCCGGCUUGGUUGCGUGCCGAAUCUCGUUGCGGAGCGCACGGGGCACAUUCGGCGCGCCGCUAUUCGAAUGUGAGCCCGUGGCCUCGUGGCUUUGCCGAUUUCGCGGCGGGGGUGUCUUUCGCUUUGCGGUAUUGGCUUCGGCGGCCCGUCCCCCUUGGGUCUGGAAGCCGUGGGCGGUUGGUUGGGGCGUGUUCUGGUUUGUCGUUCGGCCUGUGACCCUCCCGGCAUGGCUUCCGUCUGUGUGUUUUUUGGGCCGGGCGUGGCAGGCCGACGGACUUUGCCCCGGUAGGGAGUUUCGCGCCCCGUCCUAUGGUUUCCUCCUUCUUCGUCUGGAGAUGGUCCUGGGCGCGGGCAGUUCAAACAUGGUGUCGACCAUGUUUGACAUGCCUGCCAAAAGCCCCGGGAACACCUCCCGGAAUUUUCUAAUUUGAAAUUCUAAUUGGAAAACGCACCUAUUUUCGGCGCUUCUAAUCUGCACCUAAUCUGCAGCUAAUCUGCGCCUAAUUUGCAGCUAAUGUAGCUGCUAAUAGGCGCUAAUUGGCUGGCUAAUUUGCAGCGGCCGAAAAUCGCUACCGAUUUCACUGUACAAAAUCGCAGAAAUUUUGUACAGGGAAAUCGGGAACGAUUUUUUGGCCGGGGGCUUGGGGAUUCUCUGCAAAUUAGAUGCAGAUUAAAGAGCAUAUUAGACACGGUUCCAAAAAAAUUAGAUUGCAAAUUAGAAACCUAUUUUUCGGGGGGUCGGGUGGUGUCUCCGGAUGCAAAUUAAACACGAAACCGGCGCGCGCCGGACACGAAUUCGAAGCCGAUUCUGAUUUGUGUCCUUUCAUUCUGGCCCGGCCGAUGUUUGCCCGCCCGCGUCCUCUCUUCGAAUUUUGAUGGCCUGUGGCCGGGCCUUUGAUUGGUUGGGCGCCGCGUGUAUCGGCUUGCGCUGGCGCCAUGAAUUCCCUUGGUGGGCCUUUCUUUGUGUUCCGGCCGGGCUUUGGGUCCGGCAGGGUGUGUGGUGUUUCUCCGUUCCGGGUUGCUUUUUUUGCCUGAUUUUGCGCCUUGUUGAUUCCGUUACGCCCGCCCGCGGAACAAUAGUGGUCGGGGGGUUCUUUGGUUCUUCGGGGAGGCAUCGCCCUCGGGUUAGGUUGUUCGGCCGGGGUGUUUUUUUCUGUGCUUGCGCCUUCUUUUGGUUCUCAAAUUAGCCAACUUUCAGAAACGAAUUAGAAAAAGAAGUCGCCCGGACCUGUCCGCCUGAAGAAAUCCGGCGGCUCUGCGAUACUAUUCGGCCGCACUUAAACGGACCGAAGGGAAGUGGUGGAAGUGUUGGCGUAUUUUCGAAAAUGUGGCAGCACUUGGAACGAGAAGUAGAUGACUCCGAUGCCGACACCGCAGCGCGUAUUGCAGCGAUGGGCUUCAUGGUGGAGGUGGACGCCGAGACAUUGAAGGACGCAAUCGAAAACAGACGCACUGCUACCUGAUUUUAUUUCCAUAUGAAAACAUAUAACUUCUCAUGCUAUAUUUCAUGACAUAACAGCUUCGAGCUGAUGCCAUCAAGUCAAAUUAUAUUUGUUUUGCAUAGAGCAUAGCAUCGGGGAAGCAAUAUAUUUUUAGGCAUGGAUCAGGGGGAUCAUUGAUCCCCCUCCCCGAUGGUAGAUUUUGAAUCGACAAAAAAUCAUCACACCGUCGCGAUUAGAGAAAAAAAGACGUCUCGGAUUUUUUUCAAUUCAGGCGCAUAAAUUAUAAAGUAUUUCGAUACCUGUCUCAUGCUUCCAUUUCAUUUACAAUUCCAACCAAGGCACGAAGCUGGUGAAUGGUGUCUCAACGCGGUGGCAACGCAGCCCAGCCGGCGCAAAAAUCCUCUCGGAGAACCCGCAUGAGUUUGAUUUUAUAUUCAGCGCCUUGAUGGACGACGAGCGGCUCCACGACACGACUGCUGCGCGAAGAGCUGCUCGCCAAGAACUCGAAAGUCGAAGUGCAGAAGACAACGACUAUGAUGGUCGAUUCCGGUGCGACGAUUUAGAUCACGCGGCGGCAGCACUUGGCGGCACGUGGUUGGGAUAUGCGAGCCAGGUGUACGGUGCGAAAACGAAAGCUCCACCCGGCGACGCGGAAGCUCUUCUCGACAUAUCAAAAACGCAUGUCGAUGCGCAUUACCUCUUCGAAGCUCUUUUCGGCAGCGACCGCACGAAGAUGUUUGCGAAACCGGAAGCGCUAGCAACUGCGCGAAGGUUUCUCGACCCGAAUCUCGACGAAAAUUCUCAUCUAACAACUCCGCAACUGCGCGAGAAAGUGCGGGCUCGACGCGACGCGUUUUGGAAGGAUAUGGUGGUAGAUGCGGUCGCUUCUCUGCCGAAAAGCGACAAUCACAGGAAGACUUUCUGGAAGUUUUUGCGUAACGUUUUGCAGUGCGAUAUGCAGGACCUCUACGACCCGCAAUACGGUCUGUUCGAGUCCAUCGUCGACAAGCGCAUCACUACUCCUACCCGCGACCAAGUUCCGCACCUUGAGAAAAGUCUUCCAUUUCGGCAGUUCGGAUUCACAAAGCGGUCAAUGCGCUGCAUCAUAGAUGAACGCCUCGAUGUUUUGGAGGAGAAGACCAACGCGAACUGCAAGUCUUUUUUUCUCAGUGAGAAAAUUAUCGAAAACGCCUGGAAGGACAAGUUGUUGCAGAAGAAGGCCGGCAAAGCGGAUCAGUCACAGUACACCCGGCAGAUUGCGCGGUGGAAUCUAGUGGAGAAAACGCCCUGCUUCGAAACUAUUCCGAUAUGCAAGAACCAGGAGAAGACUCCGCCGCUGGGUACUACUACUAUUGUCGAUGGCAUCAGCGAGGUUUUGCAGAAUCGCAAAAAGAUCUGCAGUACUACGAUGGACACAGCGAUGAAACAACUGGAAACCAAUGCGCUCGCGGUGGAUAGUGCUUCCAAAUCUGCGUCGCAAGCCGAUGAGUUUGAACAGCUUCUCGGCGAUCUGGAGAAGUUUGCGCGGGAAAAAGCAAAAAAAACUCCGCUGGUUCAGAAGCUGUGGGGCGACCUCCUGGAUCACAAGAAAUCUUAUUUCGGAAGCGAGAGCCUUGGCCUCAGAGGCAUGAUCACCAAGUGCGUCCUGGACUACGAGAUCCAGUCGCCCGAAGAAUAUAAAAUGCACAAGAGCUGCAGCGUCGUCCUGGCCGAGAAGAAGAAAAUAGCAGCGCAAAUUGCUGAGCGGGGUUUUGUCAUCGGUCGCGAUUCGAAAACGCACCAGGUGACUUGCGUCUUCUACUAUUCCGGCGGCCGCAUCGGAUACAAAAAUCCCCGCCAAAGCGAGGAUAGCAGCAGCGUGUACUUGAUGUGCGAGACCGUGCAAACAAUUGCUUUCCAGCCGGAUUUCUUGCGCGGAGUAGACUUUUUUGAAGGUUCCAUCCAUCCGUCCAUCGGAAAAGUUACACGCUUCGAAAUCGAGCUCCGGAAUGUGCACUGGUUGCCUUCUACUACCGCGAUGCUUUCCGUUUUUCAGCACGCUAAGGUAGACCAGCAGUAUGCUGCGCUGCGAGGACUAGUCAACCAGUUUCCGGAGUUUACGAAGCACUUGUUUUCGAAGCUACCAGAGCGGGUGCGUCGUGCGUGUUUCAUCAGUUACAAGGACGGAAACUUCUCCUCUUUGCACAUGGAAAAACUGAUCGAGAGGCUCAGCGACAAGCGGCUGCGCAAAUCUACCACCACUCUCGAGUUCGUCCAGCAGCACAAUAAAAAAAUCGACGAAGCGCGGGAGAAGGCUGCGCAUUCGGUUUUCGAUCCGAAAAUGCGCGAGGCCAUCGCUGGUGGUAAAUCGUCGUCGUCUUCCGCGGGCUGUUCCCGCGAGCGCGCAAAAGUCAUCAUUUCCGUACACCAAAACAACCUGCCGGGCUUCGUUCCGAAAUUAAUCGCGGUAGGCCGCAGCCAUCGUGUGACGCAAGGUGUCGGCGGCGACAAGGUGAGGCUCUACUGGGCCGAGCCGGAUUACAAACCGAAAAAAAGUCCUCUCUGCCCGGAAUGCGAAACCACCGGCGAUGGAGCAUAUGAGGAAAAUUGCAAUCGCCACCUGAGUUUCAACUUCAUUUGCAACCAAAGUAAAAAUGUCACGCGCGUUUCAUUCUGCAAAAAUUCACGUGGCGAUUGCAUUUUUCAUGUUCGUAAUGAUCUUGCAAAUUUUAAACGCUUUUUGUUGCCCCGCGUGCUGCUUGAGUUCGGUCUUGAAGCUGCUGAUGUGAACGCUACGUAUCUGAGGAAAAUGCGAGUAGAGAAAAAUGCCUAGUCAGCUGCUACUUGCGGCGCUUCUGCAUAGUAUCGAUUUAGCAUGACAGGAGGCGAUGGCGCAUUUUUAAUAGUCAGAAGCUGUGCUUCUUUUUUUACAUUUUUUGCAUGACAAAUACCCUUUCUUUUCAUUCUAGAAUUGAUGUCAUGCAAAGUGCAUCCGCUCGCAUUUUCCUUGCAUACGCUGAUCAGUGAAAAAAUGGUCAACAUAGUUGCGGACGAGCUCGACCUAGACCAGGAGCAGUGCACCGGAAGUAAAAUCUUCUCCAAAGCAGCAGAACAAAAAACAACAGCUGAGAAGCGGGCCACCCUUCUUCCUGUAGUCGAAGAAAAAGAAACGAAACAAAGAAAGAUGUCAAGUAAAGCAGCAAAAAAAUCCGAACCUUCCAAAAGUAAAGCUAGUUCGUCAAAACUAAACGCUCCAGGAAAAGGAGACGUGCCGCGACUUACUGGACCAAAGGCGAAAAUGAAGUCGAAGAAGAAAAAAGACGAUACAGACAGUGAAGAUGAAGAAGACGACUAAACCAGUAAAAGCGUACUUAUUUAGUGGUAGUGACUGCAAAACGCAAUAACGCGCUUCAGUUUUUUUUGUUUCUAUCGAGCCACUCUAUUACUUCCUCCACAUGCCGGCUUUUGCCUCGCGAUUUAUCUUCGUGCGUUUUGAAAAAAAACACCUCUAUGAUAACUCUUUCGAGUCAGUGACAAGGGUCGCACUUUUUGAAAAAAGUAGUUGCAUGAGUAUAGUAAAACAAAAAAAACUCAGUAGCACCGUAGUGCAAGUUUUAUAGUGCGUCCUCUUGAAUAAAAUACCCUGCAAGCGUAUGCCUACAGAAACUGCUUGCCCUCACUACAGUACCAGCCUGGUGCUCGCUGGAGUUUACAUUAUUCCGCAGCUGUUAUCGUUCGCUGUGCCAUUGUCGUGAUGGUUCUGCUUGUCGUGGUCAGCUGGUUGCUUUCGUUUUGUAUUAGUCGGAAACUCAUCUUCAAGUGCACGCGCUACUGCUUUUGCUAGUUCGUCUUUCUCGAAGUAUUUCAUCUCGAUCCACCGGCUUCGUUUCUUUCGCACACCAGCAACAGGAGGGCACGCAGCAAGCAUGCUAAUCCCAGGGUGGCUGUGGUUUUGAGAGUGCAAUUACAUCUCGAGUCUCGUUAUUUUUUGCUUCGUAGUUGUGUCUUCUUUUCCUCGUCAAAAACACGUGCUCCAUGCAGUUUCGAAGCCCAUAUAUGUUUCUUUAGGUUUGGCUUCAAGCUAUUGCAUCACCAGAUAACAAAAACGCACCUGUCGUCUCGCCGUAAGUAACCAUUAGCGUCCAACUCUGCAAAAGAGAUAAGUACGGAGCCUGCUAGCUCAAAGGCGCGAGGGCUAGCGGCAUCAUAUGGCUCAACGUGAGCCAGUAGGUAGUCCGCGUCUCCACGUUCGUAGUUUUUCCCGCUCUUCCUGGUUUUAGAUUUUUGAGGGCGUAGUGGAUCUACAAAAAGCGACAACAACUAACACCUUCGAACAAUAUCAAAAUGCACCACGUACCGCAGCAUCUUCACCCUCAAACCCAGCGACGCGCCGUUUUCAACCCGCCACACGCCAGCCUUCUCCUGUACCGCGAUACGAUGCUGCUCUUGCCCUGCGAAGUAAUUAAAGAUGCCCGUCCGUCGCUUCGCCUUCGGUUUCGGCUAAUUCAUACCGGAUUCCGCUGUUUUGUAACGAGUCGCAGAAGGCUAGUCUUGCUGCUUUCUCUCGUAGCGAUCCGGCACUGAAGCAGUUCGCCAGCGUUGUGUUUGUAAAUAGAUUAGUACUGGAAGCGCACCAAAUUGCGUUCAACCGCUGCGAUAGAUUGCUCCUCGUGCAAUUGUGUCGCGCGUUUGUUGCGUCGAAAUUUGCAUACCGCCCGCACUGAUGAACCAGGUGAACUAGGACUUCAUCGGUGUCGUCCAAUGAUAUCCCAACCAGCACAACAUCGCGCAAAGCAGUUUUCUCGUUGUUCAGAAUCGACUUCGUUUUUCUGUGGUAGUCUCCGGCUCUCCGCGAAGUUACUUUGAGCUGCAUAGGUAGAGAAAAUCCUGCGUCAUGGCCUCCCGAGCGGGUUCGGUUUUUAUUCGUAUAGCGCAGUCGUGCGUAGAAGUCAGCUUUUUUCUCGUGCGCUGGCACGACCGUAAAUGACUCCUCUAUAAGCUCCCUGAAGAGAGUAGCUCCUUUGCGCUCAGUUUUCUUAGGAUCUGAGCCCAUCUCGUUCGUAUGAAAGGAUAAACGUGAGGGAUUUUCACAAUUUCCAAUGUAAAAACGCACUUCGUCGGGAUCGAAAAUCAACAUUACUACCCUGAAAAUUCUUACAGUUGAAGCGAUUCAUUGUUCUAUUUGCCAUGUAAAUCGCUACACUUUGACCACUUUUCAUUACAAGAACCCGCCAGCUUCCCCAUAUAAGGCAUUUUGAUCAUGCACCCCAUGAGCACUACCUUGUACAGCUUUGCAUAUCUAGAUCCUUUCAAUAUACAAUUGCAAUACAAUUAGAAAGGAUCUGUAGUGGUUGUUAUUGUGCUGGUUCUGUGCGAUGUAGUAGUCGAGUCACCUGCUCCAGAACAUGUCCACCGUCGAGCCGGCAAAGCGUUCCGAGGGGAAUCCGUGAUCGUUGGUCGCGGAGGUUGCGGGUUCUAUACACGCCUGAAAACGCCCUUAAUUAGCUAUAUAAAUUACUACCUAUUUAACCAUAGCUACUACUUUUAGGCAUUAGAAAUCAGGACUCUUUCUAGCUAUAAAAAAUCGCUAAUAAAAUUUUUGGGUAUUUUGAGUUUGGGUAAGUUGACGCAUCCAUAUAUCGGGAUUAUCAAAUGCAAAUAUGUCUUCUGGGUCUGGAAGGAUGCAAGGUUUGUCAUGCUUGUCUGGCAUGAUGACUGAAAAGUCUGUGAUGCGUCUCCAAGAAGAGACCCUUUUGCUUGUCAUGCAAAGACGCAGUUUGUCAUGCGGAAACCGCAACACUAAGCCCCGCAAAUAAUUCUCAUGCUUGGCUGUGCAUUACAGACCACUCACUAUUCACAACUCAGCAUUACAAGUUUCCAGACCCAGACAUAUUAUUUGCGAUGCAUAGGGAUUGCCCGCAACUGGAUUUUCGAGCAUUCUGUGCUGGAACGGGGCUGCAAAGUCUGGUCCUUUGACCCCACCAUGGCCGUUUCGAACACACAACUCGGGUCGGACCCGGCCACCUACCAGCGAUUACCGCAGAUUUUGUCGAGUCAAACGAAGCGCCACCCGACCCGGCACUGGUUUUACUCCGUCGCCAUCGGAACCACGAUGGGGCAGGGCGGCGGGGGGCAGGGCGGCUGGGAGUCGACCAGUGUUUAUAAUCACCGUGGGGCGGGUUUUAUCCUGUGCAAAAGUAUCGUACUCGUAUUGCAGUCAUGCAUUGCAAAUUUUUUUCUUAAGUUAAAUCAGCAUUACAAAUUUUAUUUCUUAUGCUGAGGAAAUUUGUAAUGCAUUUAUAUUACGAGUACGAUACUUUUGCAAUGCAUAGGUUUCCGGUACAGCACAGUGACCCUGCGACACAUGAUCGAGCAGAUUGCGAAGCUGCCGAAGGACCAGAAUCUGCACGUACUGCGGAUUAUCAAUUGCAAUAGCAUCGUACUAGUGGUAUAUUGCUAUACAAGUUAGCUCAGCACGACAAAUGGAAUUUGUCAUGCUGAUAAUGCAUGACUGCAAUUACUACGAGUGUGAUACUUUUGCACACGAUACGGAUGGAUGUGGAAGGCGCUGAAGUGCCGGUGCUGAUGAUAUCCAAUGCAAACAUGUCAGUCUGUGUCUGGAAGAUUGCAAGACUUGUUAUGCAGGUUUCCACGGCCCGUGGGGUGAGAUCUGGGUCUGGCAUGCAGGACUAGCAUGACAGAUUCUGUGAGAUAUCUAUCUGAUAGACGGGAACAGGUGCACCAAAACAGGAAUGAUAGUAUCAUUCCUGUUUUGGUGCAUGAGAAACUCCCUCUCCAAUCGGUCAAAUGUGCACACCAGCUUUGGGCAAUCAUGCAACACAGAUUUUGGCAUGAUUCAGAUUUAGCAUGACAAGUUGCAGUCUACAUCCAGCCCCAGACAUGUUUGCAAUGCAUAGAUGAGUUGGCUCAACGAUAACGGAAUUUUCAAUAUCCUGUGCAAAAGUAUCGCACUCGUGGUAAUCGCAAACAUGCAUUACAAAUCUUUUAUUUCAUUUUCUUAAGGUAAAUCAGCAUUACAAAUUUUCUUUCUCAUGCUGAGGAAAUUUGUAAUGCAUUUAUAAGAGUGCGAUACUUUUGCAAUGCAUAUUCAAUCGCAUCGACCAGCUUUUGAUGGAGAUUCACGUUUUCAAAAAAGGCCCGAACACGGACUUUCCCGCCAUGCACAAGGCACUGGUGAGUGCUGUGGGGAAGUAUAUGGACCCCUUCUGGAUAAACAAAAACGGUCACUUAUCCUGAGUAAAAACGUACCCACACCAGAGUUGUAAUGCAGAUUUGCAAAGACAGGAAGACUUGUAACGCGCAUCCCCAUGAGAGCCAUUGCCAGUCGUGUUUUGGGAUUUGUGAUGCUGUGAACAGGAUGAGCAGACGAAUCUGUGAUGCGGCUGCGCUUGCUAACCUGCACUACACUGCAUAGUGCAACUUGUCAUGCGUGACUCACAAAACUCCUAGGCUUGUGUUGCAAAAUCCCCAUCCUGACUCUGGUGUGGGUGCGUUUUUACUCAGGAUAUCAUUCCCCCGCAGUCUAUGAGGUCGGGUUCUUGAACCGCGACAGAUUUAGGACGGGGAGGUAGAAUGAGGUGUGGUGAUCAAGAAAAUUCUCGUGAUGUGACGACUGUUGUAGAAGUAGCAACUGCAUCAAGACGAAAACCUCGACCUCCGCACUACUUUUAUUGCCAACGUUGAAGCAGUAGAUGAAUCUGCGGCAAUCUGAUAGUCACAGCGGACCGAUAAAACACAUUGCGCUUGAUGUUCCACCAAUGAUCAUCAUCCUCGUCCUCGUGUAGCAGGCGUAUGAAGAAUAGAAAAUUUUGUGCCAACUGAUCUGCUCGC